AUGGCACGCAAGUUCUUUACUGCAGUGUUGAUUCUUCUUCUUUUUCUUCAAACCGUAAAUGGAGCUAUUGUGGUGGGUCGAGUUCCAGACGGCGCCUACUGCGGGAAUUACUCCUACGGUUUGGUGACUGGACGUAUCAGUCUUGGCAGUUUACCGAACACCUUUGAUAUCGCUCUCACUGUUUUUGGUGAUGACUAUAAUUGCAAAAAUGAAAGGUAUAAGUAUGAUGAAAAAACAAAUAAGAUGGAAGUUCCAGAUUCAAACAAUCCCAAUGACUGCCUUGGGAAACUGCUGGUGCAGAAUAAACUGACUCUCAGUGUGCAGUACUACCCGAAGGAAGACGAACUGGAGUUGGAUUUGGGUAUCGCCAAGAUUAUGCUCACACAGUGUGGCUAG